AUCAGUUCUUACCUGGUGUUUCAUCUAGACUGUGUACUGCAGAGCAAUCCGUUAAGAUAAUGAAGAACUGGUUGGCGUUAGUCUGUGUGCUGGGCUCCCUGUGCGGAGGAGUCUUCACAAUGUAUUCGGCCGUAUCUGUUGGAUCCGAUGGGCUGAACUCAAUGGCCGCCAGUCUCCAGAGUAUCAGCAAAGUCGUCAACACCUACUACAAAAAUCUAAAUAACGCUCGCAACAAGGUAAUGCCAGCGAUCUCCAGUCUUCAAUUGUACGUCAACACCACCUAUACGGCUUUGAACAGCUCAUAUGGUGCUACCCAAACAGGCAUGCAGAGCAUUUUGUCAAACGUAGAGUGGUUCUCUCAACAGUUUACCUACGCAGAUCAAAUGGUCAGCUCAACCAUUGGCAAUGAUCUGAACCAGCUGACUUCUCAGCUGCAACAAACUAUCAGCCAAAUCAUGCAAAGCUAUAGCAUGCUGGCCAAUUCAUUCUCGUACCAACAAAAUGGUGAUGAUUGUUCGGUGCAAUUCGCUGGGGUGUCCAGCAACAUUCCCGUUCAGCUGGCCAAGUUCGGUCAAUGUUUGCAGACGGAGGUAGACACUGUUCCGACUGUGGUGGCACCUCUAAAGGCCAUCCUUACGAUGGUGAAGAACGAUCUGAUUUCUUUGAACAAACAGUUGAAGAUCUGUGCUUCCACCUCUACCAACUGCAUCGAUGCGUACUUCAUGGACAUCAGCAUGGAGCUGAAUAACGUAAACAUGGAAUUGUAUCUGGCACAAAGCCUGCUCACCAACUAUCAACAAGAUGCCAUGCAGCGUAAUAAUUUGUGCGGACAGUUGAUUAGUUCCAAUGUCCAAGAUGCCAUCCAAAACCUGCAGAUGCAAUUCAGUCAGUGCAUGUACCCGCAGACAACAAUGGGUUAAGCUUUUUUAAAUGGGAAAUAAACGUUUUAGUAUGUACCAUUGCUAAAAAA